UAAAUACGAGCAGUCUGUUAUAGCCAGCCUUCUGGUUAACACAGUGUCAGUUGAGGAUCUAAUCGCGACAAGAGCGAAGGCUUCACGAUUGUGAACGAUGAUUCAAUGAACACUAUAUAAAUUGAUAGACACGUGCUACACAAUUCUAGUAACAAAUAGUGACCGUGUUAAUGUGCUGUGGGAUAGCGUAUUUACCUGAAGAUGGCGAGAGUUUCAUCGUGCGUCGCGGUGCUCCUGAUAAUCAGUGCUAUAUCACAAGUAAAACCAGACGAGAUUAGCUUAGAAGCUCUAGGCAAGGUUGACGAACUUUAUGAUCAAUCCUACGGUGAGACGAAGAAUAAAGAAAAAGAUGCCGAUACAAAAUCUGGGCAAAGGGAAAAGAGAUUUUAUAAUUUCUAUGACCCCUACGUUCCUGCAUCUUAUGACAACACCCAUUAUGAUUAUGUUAAAAGGGACCAAAACAAAAACUUUGGUAAUUAUGGCACUCAGAAUCCGUUAGAUUACCUAAUAUCACGUCUACAAGAAAUAACUAACACUGCGAGACAAAACACGUAUUUACCGCCGCCACCUCCUCCAGUACCAACCUACAUACCAUUUCCAAUCGUCUACUUGCCAAACUUUUGUUCCUGUAAUAAUAAUAACAAUCUACCACCACCGACUACUACUCAAAAACCUUGUAAAGGCGAUGAUAACGAAAAAACUACGAUGCCAAGUUUAAUAAACAGACUUGGAGACGGUGACGAUGAUGACAUGUCCGAUGGAAGUAGACCUAUAUCAUUUAAACCAAUAACCCCAAAAACACCACUGAGCAGACCACCACCACCCGUGGAACACGGAAGUGUACAAGCUGGAAUGAAACCUUCUAAUGUCGAUACACAAAAUAAUUUAGAAGACGUUUUAAGAUUCCCUGAUUCUGCAACCGUUGAUCCUAUACCCCCCGAAGUUUCUGGAGAAGUCAGCAGCUGCGAUAGAGCCGCCAUCGUCUGCUGUCAUGCACCAAAUGUUACAUACCUUUGUUUUAAAAAUAACUACUGCUCUUCACCAUCUGACAAAAGUUGUGACGCUCAGAAUCUCUCUGAAAUAGCAAUAAGGUUAAGUCGUCAAUAUAAAAGAGAGUUGCAAUGAUUCGUUCAUUAAGUUUAUGAUGAAAUCCUCAAACGUCGUUACAAGGUAACGCGUAAACUAUUUAGAGAUUAAUGUUAAGUAAAAUUAUUUAUAUGUUAAUUUAUAAAAGUCCUUUGAGAUAUCUUUCUUAUCGCUUUGUAGUUUUAGAACAGCAACUACAAAUACGAUGAAGUUUUCAUUACUGUAUUAUCUUUACGCUGAUGUUUCUUACCUAUUGAAACAUAUUUUUGCGUACAUACUAUAUAGCGCAGUUGUAUUUUUGCACGAGUAUAUCACCAAUUUUUUAUGAAAGAAGCAGGAAGUAUUUUAGCUUCUACGUUUUAAUGUCUAGUCCAUACUUAUACUAAUUUUAUCAAUGUAGUGAAUCUAUGUAUGUCCUUGGUAUAGUGUGCAAACUCUUAAACAGUUUAUAUUAAAUUGUUGAAAAUAUCUUCACGCGUGAAUUUUAAUACACCUUCUAUCCAAAUGCCUAGUUCACUACAGUAAUUAAUUAGAUAAGGUUUUUUAUUUAUUCCUAAAAGGUUCAUUGCGCCCUAUAUUACGUCUAUAGCUCUACGAUGUCACUCACAAAUUUUUACUGUAAUCUUUCGUAUAACACAUGUGGUAUGAUUUUGAAUGAUUUUAUAAAUUUUAAGUUUUUUUGUUAUUUUUAUAUAAAAAUAAAAAAAAGUUUAUUUUUUAUUACGAAUGUUUAAAAAAAUUAAAAGCCUAUUAUAGUUGCAUUUGAAUGUUAAAAUGCUUUGAUGAUAUGCGAUUUGUAGUAACUCUAAACUUCUAUUUUAGUAUGUCUACUUCUCGAGUUUUGUGAAAGUUUUUGUUGCUUAUGGGAUUUUUCUCUUUUAAAUAGAGUUUAUAUAUUAUGACGGUACAUCAGAAAUAAUAUAAGUUUCAGUAUCGUAUACAGUCAAAAUAUAUAAAAUUUUGUAAUAUUUUUAAAGCUUAAUAAAUUAUCAGUAUAAAUAUUGAGUAUCGUUCUAUCUAAAUAUACUCGGAGAUUAUUUAGUAUGACUUCUAUGAUACGCCAUAUUAUAAGUCAUUUAUAUAUUUUUUAUAAUUUAAAUGUAAUAUUUCUAACGGCAGCAAAAACAAUUAUAAUUAUUGUCAAUCAAAUACAAUUUUCUGUUUAUAUCAGUAUCUAUUACUUUUGUUUUAUAUAUUGAAUUAAAUAAAACACAAACCAACAAAAUAGAA